AUGGCUUCAGUUACACCGUCAACCCAUGCAGGACCCAGUACUUCAGAAAUGUCAGAUAUUGAAGGACUUAAGGUGCAGGUCCUCUCGCCGUCCUUCCAAACCGGCGCUCGGGUUUCCUUUACUUGUGCUGCCACCACUACCGUACUCGAUCUGAAAGCAAUGAUCAAAGAUUCGCUCAACACUCGGCCACCUCCAGAAACCCAAAGGUUAAUCUAUAGAGGCAAGGAGCUGAUAAAUACAGAAGAGACACUUGCCAACUUCCUCGAGUUGGGAAAUGGCGAGACUCACUCAAUACAUCUUGUGCUUCCUCCAGGAACCGCGCUCAUAGCAAUUCCAGACUCAGAAGCGAAUGAACCGAAUACUCCACGGGUACCGAAAGAACGGUCAAGCCCAUUUCGAGCACAAAGAGUCGAAGAUCUCCUGAACCCGGUUGUUCCCGACGAAUCACCGCAUGUAUCCGAGAGACAGUAUGAAGCUACUGGCAGUACUAUUCGCCAUCGUUUUGCGACGGCUGAUAAUGAUACCCGAGGAAGAAGUGACACAUACAGCCACCUAGAUUCUUCUUAUGGCUCAUCCAUUUUUCUUAAUGACGGCGCUUCUAGCUCAUCCCGCCAGCCUAUUUCAAAUUCUUCAUACACCGCCCGACAGAGAGCCAAUGUUCUACCGAUGGCAGACUUUGGGUUAUCUUCCAACACGGGAUUGCAUGAACCACGUUUGAACCUUCCGGUCGGUAGCUCUUCAUCACCCCAAAUCACUUCGUCUAUAAAUACAUAUCAGGUCCGGCAUCGUCCAGAAGCUACCAAGACAGGGCAUACAUCAACGAUUCCUUGUGGGGAAUUUCCAAGAGAGAUACCUAGACUAGAAACGCUUUCACAAACUAUCAUACAAUUAGAGUGUCAGGUUAAUCUUGGUAUGACUCCUGCUGUUGAUGAAAUCUCCAGAGUUCGUUCUCAAAUCUACCAAAUCUUGGAUGCGCAGCAUCGAGCUCCUCUUGCACCUAGGGAUUCUGCUUUGGAAGGCUGGAUAGCUCGUCUGUCUGCUCUUGACAUCCGAGCAGAUCAGUUACGAAUCAUGAAUGCUCGCCAACAACUCUCUGGAAAUCAACAUACAAAUUCAGGACCUGUCAUUUCUGGAACCUCUUCAACAAAUGCUUCCUACCUACUUAGUGCACCAAAUGGGCUCCAGUAUCUGUUGACGCGCUCGCAUAAUCAGCAAACACCUGCUGCUCACCAUCGUACACCUGGGGCGACAUCGAGUACUCCCAAUCCAUCUGGAAACAUUGCACCGUUUCGCGUGUCCCGGCUAGCAGCUCCUCAUCCAACCAACCGUAUCUUUCGACCAGUAGUACGUCGCAGAAACCGGAGAUAUGUCAGAGCUAUCAAUGUGGCUGCUGUUGUUCGAAGUAUUUGGCUCUUUGUUCGAUUAUAUUUCUUCAGCUACCUUUUAACUGCGCAAGGAUCAUGGCUUCGUGCCAUUGCAGUCGUUGCCUCUGUCAUUAUUGCAUUACUUUCUGAAACUGAGUACCCCAGACAAAUUCAACACUCAGUAAUUAACCCAAUUCUGCAGCAUCUGGAAAAUCUCGUGCCUCUGCAUCGAGAACCACAUGCUGCCCAGAGACAAGAGGCCGAGAAUGCCGCCGGGAAUUUGAACAAUACUGGAGACGGCGUUGAGCGAAAUGGAGUACCGGUGCAGGUUAAUCGGGGUAGUCUAUGGGAUGGAGUGCGAAGUCUGGAACGAUCUAUUGCCAUAUUUAUUGCGAGUUUUGUUCCUGGCUUAAGCGAACGUCAUAUAGCAGCCAGAAAUGCGGCUGAGGCUGCAAGGAGGAAUGAGCAACAAGAAAGCCCGCCAGAUCAGGACCAACGUCACCAAGAAGUGAUCGAUGAUACAGAUCAGCGGCGUAAUGAGGGCGGCGAUGAAUUUGGGAACGCUAAUUUUCAAAACGGCCGGGACAUGGCGGCUCCCAACGGGGUCAAUGCCUCUGAGCCGACUCGGUAG